AGACAACUGAACCUGUCAACCGGCGCGGUCAGCGAUGUCCAAAACGGACAAACUUAAAGCGCUGGUCAGUGAGCGUCUGAAAGCGGCCGCGGAAGAAAUUUGUGGCCUGUUUGAGAAAACAAUUAAAGACUACGAGGAGGAAGUUUCACGCUCAAUGCGGGAGAUCGACCGCCAACGGAGGCUGCUGUGUGGAUGGAAAGUCCCCCCACAGCUCCCACCACAGGAGGACCCAGAGCUGCCACAGUUUAAAGAGGAACAGGAGGAUUUGUGGGCCAGCAAGGCAGGGGAGCGGCUUCAACGGCAAGAGGAUACUGAUAGCAAAGACUCCAUGUUAAAUGUAAUUUAUGUGCAAAGAAGUGAUGCAAAUGAAAGACAGUCCCUACAUGUAAACCAAAGUACAGAAAACACAGAAGGAGACCCUGUACCCAGCACCUCAACUGAACAGAUGAAAGUUGAACAAGAUACCGAGGGCUGUGACAUAUCAGAAGCAACCAGCGGGUGUCAGACAUCUUCAAACCGUUCUGAGAGUGAAGACAGUAACAGUGAUGAAGAAUGGAGGGAUAGGGGAGGACCACAUUCAGGCAGUAACCCCAUAAAAACACAAAGAAGUGGAACUGUGGCAGAGAAACCAUAUAAUUGCAGCAUUUGCAACAAAAAGUUCAGCAUUAAAUCCAUACUGACACGCCACAUGAAGACACACACAGGAGAGAAACCAUACACUUGCAGUGUAUGCAAUAAAGGCUUUAUUCAGCGCUCUUAUCUGCAGACUCACAUGAAUUCUCACCUGGGACAGAAACCUUACACUUGUAAUUUUUGCGGCAAAGGAUUCACUCAGCACCACCUGCUGGACCCCCUGCACUUUAGCUACCGUGCAAACAGUUCAGUGGAUGAUGCAGUCAGCAUGGGACUGCACUACGUCCUGCAACACCUAGACUGCCCAGUGACAUAUGGCCCAGUGACAUAUGCAAGGAUCCCGUUUGUGGACUCCAGCUCAGUGUUCAACACCAUCAUUCCAGAAAUCCUCUCCGGCAAACUCUCCCAACUCACUAUAUCCCCCGCCAUCUUUCAGCGGAUAGCUUCCAGACUGGCAGGAAACAGCAGGUUAGGCUGGGGGAAGUUACUUCUGGUAUACGGACAGUCAGCACUGAUGCUCCCCGGGGAUGUGUCCUCUCCCCACUAG